GGAACUAGGAGUAGAAGCAAUCCUUUCUUUCAGCUGGAGUGCUCCUCAUGAGCCAGCCCCACCCAUAGAAAAGAUGUUUUCCAUGAGGAUCGUCUGCCUGGUCCUAAGUGUGGUGGGCACAGGAUGGACUGCAGAUACUGGUGAAGGUGACUUUCUAGCUGAAGGAGGAGGCGUGCGUGGCCCAAGGGUUGUGGAAAAGCAUCAAUCUGCCUGCAAAGAUUCAGACUGGCCCUUCUGCUCUGAUGAAGACUGGAACUACAAAUGCCCUUCCGGCUGCAGGAUGAAAGGGUUGAUUGAUGAAGUCAAUCAAGAUUUUACAAACAGAAUAAAUAAGCUCAAAAAUUCACUAUUUGAAUAUCAGAAGAACAAUAAGGAUUCUAACUCAGUGACCAUUAAUAUAAUGGAAAUUUUGAGAGGCGAUCUUGUCUCAUCCAAUAACCGUGAUAAUACCUAUAACCAAGUGUCUGAAGAUCUGAGAAGCAGAAUUGAAGUCCUGAAGCGCAAAGUCAUAGAAAAAGUACAGCAUAUCCAACUUCUGCAGCAAAAUGUUAGGGCUCAGUUGGUUGAUAUGAAAAGACUGGAGGUGGACAUUGACAUUAAGAUCCGGUCUUGUCGAGGGUCAUGCAGUAGGGCUUUAGCUCGUGAAGUAGAUCUGAAGGACUAUGAAGAUCAGCAGAAGCAACUUGAGCAGGUCAUUGCCAAAGACUUACUUCCCUCUAGAGAUAGGCAACACUUACCACUGAUAAAAAUGAAACCAGUUCCAGAUUUGUUUCCCCCAAAUUUCAAGAGCCAGCUUCAGAAGGCACCCCCAGAGUGGAAGGCAUUAACAGACAUGCAGCAGAUGAGAAUGGAGUUAGAGAGACCUGGUGGAAAUGAGGUUACCCGAGUAGACUCCACCUCUUAUGGAACAGGAUCAGAGACAGAAAGCCCCAGGAACCCUAGCAGUGCUGGAAGCUGGAACCCUGGGAGCUCUGGACCUGGAAGUACUGGACACCAAAACCCUGGGAGCUCUGGACCAGGAAGUACCGGAACCUGGAAACCUGGGAGCUCUGGACCUGGAAGUACUGGAACCUGGAAACCUGGGAGCUCUGGACCUGGAAGUACUGGAACCUGGAACCCUGGGAGCUCUGGAACUGGAAGUACUGGAACCUGGAACCCUGGGAGCUCUGGACCUGGAAGUACUGGAACCUGGAACCCUGGGAGCUCUGGACCUGGAAGUACUGGAACCUGGAACCCUGGGAGCUCUGGAACUGGAAGUACUGGAACCUGGAACCCUGGGAGCUCUGGACCUGGAAGUACUGGAAACCAAAACACUGGGAGCCCUAGACCUGGUAGUACUGGAACCUGGAAUCCUGGCAGCUCUGGACAUGGAAGUGCUGGGCACUGGAAUUCUGAGAGCUCUGUAUCUAGUAGUACUGGACAUUGGCACUCUGGAUCUGGAAGUUUUAGGCCAGAUAGCCCAGGCUCUGGGAACACCAGGCCUACCAACCCAGACUGGGGCACGUUUGAAGAGGUGCCAGGAAUCGUAAGUCCAGGGACAAACAGAGAGUACCACACAGAUAAACUGGUCACUUCUAAAGGAGACAAAGAGCUUGUGGUUGGUAAAGAGAAGGUCACCUCUGGUAGCACAACCACCACACGUCGUUCAUGCUCUAAAACCGUUACUAAGACUGUUAUUGGUCCUGAUGGUCACAAAGAAGUUACCAAAGAAGUGGUGACCUCCGAAGAUGGUUCUGACUGUCCCGAGGCAAUAGAUUUAGGCAUAGGUACUCUGGAUGAGUUCCGCCGUAGGCACCCUGAUGAAGCUGCCUUCUUUGACACUGCCUCAACUGGAAAAACAUUUCCAGGUUUCUUCUCACCUAUGUUCAGAGAGUUUGCCAGUGAGGCUGAGUCAAUGGGUUCAGAAUCUGGCACCUUCACAAAUACAAAGGAAACCAGUUCUCAUCACUCUGGGGUAGCUGAAUUCCCUUCAAGUGGUAAAACUUCAAGUCACAGCAAACAAUUUAUUAGUAGCACAGCUUACAACAGAGAAGGCUCCACAUUUGAAAGCAAGAGUUAUAAAAUGGCAGAUGAGGCCGGAAGUGAAGCCGAUCAUGAAGGAACACAUUCCACCAAGAGAGGCCAUGCUAAAUCUCGCUCUUCCAGAGACUGUGAUGAUGUCCUCCAAACACAUCCUUCAGGUACCCAAAGUGGCAUUUUCAAUAUCACGCUACCCGGAUCCAGUAAGAUUUUUUCUGUUUAUUGUGAUCAAGAGACCAGUUUGGGAGGAUGGCUUUUGAUCCAGCAAAGAAUGGAUGGAUCACUGAAUUUUAACCGGACCUGGCAAGACUACAAGAGAGGUUUCGGCAGCCUGAAUGACGAGGGGGAAGGAGAAUUCUGGCUAGGCAAUGACUACCUCCACUUACUAACCCAGAGGGGCUCUGUUCUUAGGGUUGAAUUAGAGGACUGGGCUGGCAACGAAGCUUAUGCAGAAUAUUACUUCCGGGUAGGCUCUGAGGCCAAAGGCUAUGCCCUCCAGGUCUCCUCCUAUGAAGGCACUGCAGGCGAUGCUCUGAUUGAAGGUUCGGUAGAGGAAGGGACAGAGUACACCUCUCACAACAGCAUGCAGUUCAGCACCUUUGACAGGGACGCAGACCAGUGGGAAGAGAACUGUGCAGAAGUCUAUGGGGGAGGCUGGUGGUAUAACAACUGCCAAGCAGCCAAUCUCAAUGGCAUCUACUACCCUGGAGGCUCCUAUGACCCGAGGAAUAACAGUCCUUAUGAGAUUGAGAACGGAGUGGUCUGGGUUUCGUUUAGAGGGGCAGAUUAUUCCCUCAGGGCUGUUCGCAUGAAAAUUAGGCCCCUUGUGACCCAAUAGACUAAAGGAGUGGGAGUGGGAGCACUCUGGUUUCUUAGCUAGAAAAGUGGAGAGGAAAUAAGAAAGGUAAAGCGUUGAGAUUCUCUACAAUCCAAAAAAUUCCUAGGUGCUAUUUUCUUAUCCUUUGUACUGUAGCUAAAUGUACCUGAGACAUAUUAGUCUUUGAAAAAUAAAGUUGUAUACUUUUUUUAUCUUUAAAUAGC